AUGGCGUCUCCGCAAAAGGAAGAAGCGGAGUUGUUAGCUAAGGCUGGGCAGGAAGAAGUAGAAGAUGGCUGUUUGAGCAUCUUACUUUGGAUCAUCAUCAUGUAGAAGAUGUAUUGAAGAGCAGUAGAUGAACCCAUACCUAGCAGGAGUUAUUACAUGAAAAUGCUUAGUGAAGAUUACAAUUGCCUAUACUCUUAGCUCCACAACUACCGCUAAAUCAAAGGCACAACUAGCACAACGGUCAGGGGAGCUAGCACCUACACCCGCGCUGGACACCAGGCCCCGAGACACAUCGAGUGGUCCCCAAGCGGUCAAAGCACUAGUAGACGAUAAGGUCUCUGGGGCGGACGAGAGCAGCAAGACCUCUAGCUCUGUAGCUGUUCUUUUCGACGCAAGUGUGCAACAACAGCCAUUAGUUACGCUGUGGUACUUUUGGACUCUCCCAGGUUUCAAGCGCUUACGUCGAGCCAUGCGUGCUGGCUUGGGCUUGACUCUGUUGAACCAGCUGACCGGCAUCAACAUUAAGGAGGCUUCUUGUGGAUGAAAACGACUAGGGAAGUUCCUAUCAGCACUGUCAACAUCAACAUGCAGGUAGGUCAACAGUUCGAUGUGUGCAUAGAAUAAACGAACCGCAGUAGAUCAUCGUAGAAAAACCGCAGUAGACAUAGGUCAUUGGAAAACCUCCGCCUCGUCUAACGAUCCUGUGAUGUUGUUCGGUGCGACGGUUGUCCAGGGCAUGGGUUACUCUCUGCACGCAGCGAUCUGGGCGACAGUACUCCUAUGUCUGACACAAGCCGUCGGCGUGUUUAUCGCAGUCUGGCAAAUCGAUGGUGCUGGCGGCCGCCGCUUUGUGGCCCUGAGGUCUUGCGCAUUAAUGUGUCUCUCUUUAGUCCUUCUUAGCGCGUCGGCGUCGACAACUGCUACAUCAUUCACGAGCAGUGACCAAGACAAAGGCAAAUUCAACAUCCAAAGCCUCGCGAUGCCAGCGUUGUUGUUGUAUCUUUUUGCCUUCGGCGUUGGGCUAUCACCUCUUUGCUGGGUCUACAACGUGGAAGUGUACCCGACCUCAGCGCGCAACCUAUGCUCCGACCAAGCUUUCCUGUUGAAUAUUGCAUGCACGAGUUUGGUCAGUAGCAGUUUUCUGCCGAUGAAAAAUGCGAUAGUUAAGGCUCGUUUGUUCCUUUCUCACUGAAUUUGAUCAUAGUUCUUGUACAUCGAUCUGCGUUUUCUACAUCCCCACUUUCUUAGCUGUCCCGCAAUUAAGCUCCUGUCCGACAGGUAACGCAAAACGAAACUGCUUCGAGAUGGUGCAUCUGCAUCCCACGAUGGGUAACAUUGAGCAGCUCUAAGACACGACUCGGCGGCGUCUUUGCCAUGUUCGGCGCCGUUGCUGCGAUUGGUGGCAUUUUCGUCUACCUCUAUUUGGACGAGACGGCGGGAAAAACGCUAGAGGAAUUGGAACAAGAAGUUCUACGCAGCACCUCAACGUCAAACGCUGCAUCCGGUGAAGAGAACGAAGCACUUUUGCAACAGUACUCCUUUUCUGGUAAGCGAAAAUGAAAAAGAAUAUGUACUGUCGUCAACUACCACGACCAAUUCGGCGAAACGGAAAUGAAAGAGUGCUGCGAUGGUACUGUCGUCGACUACAACCAAUUCGCUGAAACAGAACUGAAUGCUGCAACAUCGCACUCGGAAAUGCAUGCAGUAAUAAGUUGCUACAACAUCAGCUCAAUCACAGUGAUGCACAGAAAAAAUACAAUAGGAAUAUUAGAGAUAUUGUACUUGUAGUUGUUCAUUUUCAUGAUAAAUACUUCUUGUGACGACCUCACUGAGGACGUCCUCCACCUCCACACAAAGAGAAACUCAAAGAACUACACAGUUCCCUUUGUCAUUAGAAUCUGACGCUUUCACUUUUACAGCACUCUGAUCAUAUUGUAUUAUUAUUUUCGUUCUCGAUCACGGUCAUUGUCAUUCGCUGUUUAUUUGCGAUAAUUGAAUCGCGCCGGACUUCAAGACUUGGUUAGUUUUUUACUUUACUUGGUCUUGUUGAGUAAGUAUCUAUAAGUAGGAUGACAGAAUCUUAUGAAUGUCACAAUCGCAUUACGACGUUGUGCAUAGCUUGAGGCAUCUUCUGAGGAGGCGAGGAUCUUUGAACGAAGGUCUGAAGCAGCUCGAGAAUUGACAUUUUUGUUGUCUGGCAGUAGAGUCGGAGACUUGUCGCAUUGCCGGGUGAAGUCUUGCAAUCCAAAUUCAAGGAACUGCAACACCAACGAAUUUCCUAUGUGCAC